AUGGUCUACCGGCUAAUACAUAAGACGUUCGUGCUCCCUCUCGCAGGACUCACGGCAGGGUUCUUGACGUUCGGGCAGACGUGGCCCGCGACGGAGACGCCGGGAGAGCGGACUGCCAAGCGGCCGUUGUCGGGGCAGCGGGUGGAGGUGCUCGAGGAGCUGGAGCAGCUGGAGGAAUUUCGGCGGCUGGUGCGGGAGCACGGCGGCGUCAGCCACUCGGAAAUUAUCCCCGCCGGACACAGGAACAACAACGUGAUGCAGGGCCUGCUGUUCGGUGAUGCGCACAUGGAGAUCGACCCAGUGAUGUUCUACGACAAGGAGAACAUGCAGUUCACGGCGUUCUACCACCUGGGGCACAAGCUGGCGGACGAGAAGGAGUCGGUACACAAGGGCGUGCUGGCGCUGAUGAUGGACGAGGCGCUGUGCUUCUGCGGGUUUCCGACGCUGCCGCACAAGAUGGGUGUGACGGCACGCCUGGCGAUUGACUUCGAGCGCGAGGUGCCGGUGAAUUCAACCGUGGUGCUGCGCGCGGCGGUGCAGGAGGCCAAGGGCCGCAAGUGCGUGAUCCGCGGCACGCUCGAGGCGGUGCCCCGGCGCGGCGAGACGGAGCCGCCGGCGGUCUACGCGCGCGCCGAGUGCGUGCUGGUUGAGCCCAAGUGGUUCAAAUACGCGAUCCGCAUGGGCUUCAUGUAG